UCAGUCUACGAUUUUAUACGUACACCGUGCGGGAAUCAUCAUCGUUUUUUUUGUUUUUUUUAUGUCAGUGCCUGGCAUUUGCCUUUGUUUCGCGCGGCAACAAGUCGGAAAGAUAAUCGCGUUGAACUUUGCGCUGGCCGUGGAAUAAAAAAGCCAAAAAAAAAAAAAAACGCACGAGACUUUUGUGUGUUUGAAUUUUUUUGGGGGUUUUUUUUAAAGGCGAGAGUGUUGUUUAGCAGCGGGACUGGGCAGCAGUCGAGUCCCCUGUUGCUAUGUCCAUUGCGGCCCUGAGUUGUUCCAGCCAGCUCGGCUUCAGUCACGGAGCGUUGGGACGAGCUGGAACAGCUGGACCCUCUUUGGCAACACUGACACUAGCUCUAGAAAUGGACGAUCAUUGUGUGAAUCGCGGCCCGUCCUCCUCCUCCACCGCUUCCUCCUCGUCGUCGCUCUUUGUCUCGGAGAUCACACGCUAUAAGCUCGCCUUACUGCAGCAGCAGCACGGUGGCGGCGGCGGUGGCGCUGCCGUCGCCGCCGCUGCUGCUGGACAGCACGCGUUCGAUGCCAGAUUGGCCGAUGAGAAUAAUUACUUGAAAUCGGCUUCCGGCAGCGGAGUCCAGUCUAUAGCGGUUGCGUCGACGGCCGGCGUGGCCAGUGCUGCCUCUAGCGGCCAGCCCUUUGAAAAUGGCGCGUCGUUAUUGGCCCGACCGAGAUCGGCCAGUUUGUCUCUGGUGUCGAGGCACUCGUCGCCCUCGCACCAUCCGACCCAUUCGCAUCCGCCGACUCCGCCCGUCGAUUCGGCGCCCGUCUUGCUGGCCCGCGUCAAAAUCUCGGCCGCUGCCGCGCCGUCGCUGGUCGCCGUAGUCCCGCCGGCUCCCUACAGCCGUCUAUUGUGCGCUUGUUUGCCCACCUGCUGCUGCGACUGCAAUUUGCUCUCAUCCAUUGCAGAAUGCCAAGCCGUCUAUCAUCAAGCCUGCGCCCGCUACAUCGGCACGGCCAUCAACGAAACUCAGGCCGGAUGCUGUCCGUCCGUCUCAUCCAUCACGACCGGCAGCAACGAAGCGGCGCUCAAUGACGUUCCAUCACCCACCCUACCACAGACAGUGCCUCAGGAUGUGGCCAUCAGCCAAUGGACGUCGACUCAUGUGGUGGAAUGGAUGGCAGCAUUGAACCUCUACCGCUACGCUGAACUCUUCCGGUCGAAAGAUAUCAAAGGCGUCGACUUGCUCAGUCUGGACAAGGACAAACUGACGAAUAUGGGGGUCAAGGACGAGUUUCACCAACGGGCCAUCCUCGUCUGCAUCGACGAACUGUGUCAACGUUCGGCCAGCAAAGAGUCUGAAUUAUUGGCCGCGUCGGCCAACGCCAGCGAGUCCGAUUCCAAUUCUCACUCGGCUCUUAGUCCGCCUCACCGCAUGAUUGAGUCCAGUUUCCAGUCGCUGGAGCGCUGCGACAAGUGCCACAAAUUUCUACGCGGACUUUUACAUCAAGGACUUAUCUGUCAUUCGUGUGGACUGAUUGCCCAUCGUACAUGUUCCGCAACCGGACUGCCCGCUUGUCUGCAAGGCUUGCCCGAACGGGCCAAUCGGCUCCAUAAUCGAACAGUUUUCGGUGUGGCGUUAUGUCGACUAUCUACAGGCAGCGAUUCGUCGUCUGUUCCGUCUGUGGUUUUGCGGCUCGUACAGGAAAUUGAACAACGUGCAGCUACCACACCCAGUCUCGAUCUCUAUCGUCUCUACAGGACGACCACUCCCACGGCUGAGACUAUAGCGCAGUUGUGCCUUCAACUGAGCAACGAUCCCGAAGGUGCUGGUGGUGAUCUGUCCGUAUUCGAACCUCACGUCUUGGCCAGCGGAUUGAAAAAAUUGCUGCGUGAAUUGCCAGAUCCACUCGUUCCGUCGCAGUGGUACGACGCUUUCAUCGAAGCAUCGAGGAUCAGUCGUGACGAUUAUUGCGCCGCCCAGUUGCAUCGUCUCGUUCAACAACUUCCAGAACUUCAUCGGGCCACGUUUCGUUAUCUACUGGCUCACAUUUGCAGACUGUGCCAGUGGCAACACGGCCGAGGACGUUGCGAACCUCCUACCCUCAUUAUUCAAGUGUUUGCCCACAUCUUCCUGCGGCCGCCGUGGGAACGCAUCAUACAAAUUGUCCAUAACGCAGAGGCUCACGUUCGCGUCUUGGAAUUGCUUUUACUUCGCUGCGAUUGGGGCGAAACGAUGCCCGAAUUUGCCCCGGCGCCGACGUUGCCGCCCCGCAACCACCUGCGACCCACGUCGCAAAAUGCGCCCAACGCCGAUGCCAAUGCGGCGCUUCCUUCGGCCAGCGAGCUGGACUUGCGCCCAUUGAGCGAAGCUGAUUGGUAUUGGGGAAAUAUUACCCGUGAAGAAGUUAACGAUCUGAUGAAAGACACGCCCGAUGGAACUUUCUUGGUCCGCGACGCCUCGUCCAAAGCCGGCGAGUACACCCUGACACUCCGCAAAGGCGGAUCCAACAAACUCAUCAAGAUUUGCUGCAGCCGACAAGGCCGUUAUGGAUUCUCCGAACCUUACCGCUUCAGUUCCAUUCCGGAACUUAUCCACUUUUACCGAUCCGUCUCCCUGUCCCAGUACAAUCCCACGCUGGACGUCAAGCUCCUUUAUCCAGUCUCUCGUUUCCAACACGCGGAAGAAGUGGAAGCCGGAAAUGGAGACGUGGAGAAGAUGAGACAGCGGCUGGAAGACGUGCAUCACGAAUAUUUGAACCGAUCGCGUCUGUACGACCAGUAUCACGACGACUAUUCGCGCUGCUCGCAGGAGAUCCAGCUGAAGAAGCAAGCGCUGGACGCGUUUGACGAGGCCGUGGCCAUGUUCGAAGACCAGCUGCACAUGCACGAGAAGUUCCAGCGCGAGGCGCACCGCCACGAGAUCCACAGCCUGAAGGAGAACUACGAGCUGCUCAAGUCGCGCAUGAACACGCUGAAGCAGUCGCGCCAAGAGUUGCAGGAGAAUCUGCGCGUCCAGGCCGUCUUGAGCCGCAAUCUGGACCGCGAGAUGAACGCCCUGAAACCCGAGCUGCACCAGCUGUGCAAGACGAGAGACCUGCUGCAAAUGUGGCUCUUGCGUCACGGCAAGAACGCCGAAGUCCAGCCCAAUCGAAUGAGCAACGGAGAAGAAGUCCAGCCGUUUAGUGUUUCCGUUUCGUCGACGUCGUCGUCGUCGUCGUCGUCGGGUGUCGCCCAAAUGCCGACGGGCAUUGAAAACAAGGCUUACGAUGGAACGGGAGACGGACCGCCGCCGGCUCCUAUAUCGGUAGUGCCGAUUCAGCAAGUUGCAGCGCCUCCGGCGGCGGCGGCCGUGGCGGCCGUCCAGCAGCAUCAAGCCGUGCCCUGCCAAGCGGCUGGACAAGCUCACCCGUUACACAUGCACGCAGACAGCCAGUACUGGCUCAUACCGGACUGCACCCGUCCCGAUGCCGAACGCCUCUUGGCCAACAAAGCGGACGGCACGUUCUUGAUCCGACGCAGCGCGGCCGGCAGCGCCCCCUUUGCCCUGUCGAUCGCCUAUCGCAAAGUGGACAAGGGCGUCGGCCACAUUCUCAUUCACCGGUCAGAGAGGGGGUUCGGCUUCACGGAGCCUUACCUCCUGUUCCCCACCUUGAACGACUUGGUCGUCUACUACGCCGGCCAUUCGCUCGAAGAACACAACCCACAGCUGACGACCACGUUGGCACAUCCACUACGCGGAGCUCAGCCCGUGGAGAUCAUCCACUAUACUGUCUAAAUGAAUAGAAAAAAAAACAAAAAACGAAUUGAUGAUGAUGAAUAAUGAAGUAAUGCAAGAGUUGAAAAUGAAGGCCACCCGUUGCUGAUGGAAAUCUGUGAUAAUCAUGCGUGAUUUAAUGAAAGGCUGGAAGGACAGCGCCACCCCCUCUGAAUGUCAAUUGGCGCCAUAUUUGUGUGUGUCCAUAUGGAACGAAAAACACGACCCUAAGUAGAAAUAGCUUGUUUGUUUUUUUUUUGUUUUUUUUUAAACUGUCGCGGUGUGUUGACUAAGAGGACAAGUACCGUUGUUAUCCAAUUGUCACUGGGAAUCGAAACGCAACGCGAUCACCUUUUGUUUUGUUUUUUUUCUGAAUGCGAAGAUCGUAAGAGAGAAAUUGUUGGGACGGAAAGAAAAAAAAAAAAAGUUAAGUCAGAGCUCAGUACAAAGCAUAUUUGCUGGCGCAAACCUACGUGGCUCGGCUGUUGUGGCCGAACGCCAUCUAGUGGGCGGCCUGUUUACAUGAAAAAAAAAAAACGAGAGAAAUCCAAAACCCCACUGGUGUUCACCCUUUUGUGCGCACGUUUAUUUGACGACCACUAAAUUAAGCUUCUUUGUAUAAAAACAGAAAAUGUUUGUUUUUGUUUGUUUAUGUCUUUCCUCUCUUUUCAGUUUCUAUCGUCCCUCCCCAUUGGUAUUUGAAAAAGAAUUGUAUUUUGGCGGGAUCGCGAAGAUCCUCUUCCCUCAAGUUGCUUGUGAUUUUUGUUUAUGUGCGAAUUGUUUCUCUCCUUAAUUGAGCGGGGGAAAACAACAACAAAAAAAAAAAAAUAAGACUCGGAUGUUGCGUGAUCUCAGCUGUAACGGCGACUUUCGAAACUGGACGCUGGGAAUGAAGGUCAAAAAUUUGAUGCGGCCCCCCUUAAAAAAAAAAAAAAAAAUUCUGUGUUGUACAGUGAUAUAAGCAUGCCGAACACCUACUAUAUUAAAUAUUAUAUAUAUUGGUACCGUUAAUAUGCAAAACCGAGAGCUGCGGAAGAUCCGAAAGGUUCCAAUGCAAGCCCUAGGUCUCGUUCGAGCUUCGGGCGAGCUGUAGUUUGACCGCAACAUUACUUUAGCGCGCCGUGCCACACGCAGUCUAAUCGAAUUUUUUUUUUGUUUUUUGUUUUUUGUAUUGACAAAAACAAAUGUCAUAAUCGGUAGGAUUCUUGUCAGAGUUGAACCCAAUGAUCCGGCUAUUGUACACAACUCUCUGUGUUUUGACCCAAUCCCCCCCCCCCCUCCCUUAAGCACUCAUAACAUGUACAUUUUGUACCAAAUCACGAGACAUUCGAUUAAUACAUGAUGCAAGUUUGUUAUAA